AUGGAUUCACUUACCCAAGAUCCAGAUUACCUUAAAUACCUUGAGCAAGCAAAAGCCUUAUAUAAAAAACCACAAAGAUCUAACCAAUCUAAAAAAGUGUAUAUAAAGAAAUAUAGAAUUUGUGAAGAAACAGGCCAUAGCAAGGGCAAAUGCCCCAAUCAACCUAUAGUCCAAUCUAAUUAUACUCGAUCAUAUUUUACAUCUCUCAAGCCAAUAUAUCUCCAAUACACACUUUCUAGUUCAGAUGAUAGCGAGGAGGAUGAAGUUACAGAAUCUAAACAAAAUGAAAAAGUCACUAUGCCAAACCUUUUUCCAAAAUUGGAUGACCAGUUAUUAGAAUUAUUAUCUUCAGCAAUGCAAAAAAAAAUUAUUGACCCAUCUACAAAAAAUAAAUGGGCCGAAUCACUUGAAUAUAUGCAGUGUAGAAUUAAAGAUAUAAUUAUUUCAGAUGGGUUUGUCAAUACAGCAUCAGAAUGUCUUGUUAUGAAUAAAACAUUAAAUGAGGCAUUAGGAUGGAAUCUUGGGAUGGCACCAAAUUUUUCCCUUAAACAUAAUUCUAAUUAUAUAAUGAAAUUAGGAGGACAUAAGGAUAUCAAUACUAAAGAGGAGCCAACAUCUAAUAAGAAAAAAGAGUCACAAGUUUUUGAUUUAUUUACUGAAGAUCUAAAAAAAAACAUAAUAGAUUCUGACAAACAAAUCGAUUUCUUUCUUAAACUAGAAUUCCAUUCCAAGAUUCAAAUCAUAUUAGGUAUUGAGAUAGAUGAAUUCAUAGAUGUUAUUUCUAUUUCAGAAGUUAAUGGAGUAGCAGUAGGGUUAAGAUAUUGUCAAACUCAAGAUCUAACUUUGAAAAAAAUAAAUUGGUACAUUAAUGACAAAAAUCAAAAUGACUUGAUUAAAAAACAAUUUAAAAAAGAAAUUAAAGAGUUAAAAAGCAAAAAUAUCAACCUUACUGAGUAUAAAGCCAAAUAUUAUAGUAAGUUGAAAAAAGUGAAUUCAUUCCAAUCUAGAAUCAAGUUAUUGGAAGAAGAAUUAUUUUUAACUCAGAAAUACUCAUCAAAAAAAGAUUCUGAAAUAAUGUCCUUUAAAGCUGAAUUGGUGAAUAUAAAGAUUGAAUUAGAUUCUAAGGUCAGUAAGCUUGAGCAUCUAAAAUUAGAGGAUAUUUCGAUAUCUGUGAUUGGUGGAGAUAGUGAAAAAAAUAUAUCAAAGUCUAGACCUGAAGGCACUAAUAUACUGACUCAUGUCAAUGAUAAAAUUGUUCUAAUAUUAGAAUCUUUAAAAAUCGAUAUUGAGGUUACUUCUAAGGUAAGUGAUGAAACUAUUAUUAAUGAAAAUAAUAAAGAUAAUAUAUUACAACUAAUUAAUGCAAAAAAUCAAUUUCAAGAGAUAAAGAAUGUGACUCCGAUUAGAUCUCAUAAUAUUAUAAUAAGAAGAAGUAGGGAAUUACCUAUUAUAGCAUUAGGUGCUAGCAUAGUUAAUAAAUAUCAAACUACUCCUAUUAAUGAUAAAGCUGAAUACAUAUAUAAAAGAAAAAAAGGUGAUAAGAGAUAUAUUUCUUACCUAAAAGCACCUUACUAUGAAAAUAUACAAUUUAGCUAUAUAUCAUUAGAAAAAAUCUCUAACGUAAAAGCAUUUUCAUUUAAACAAAGUACAGCAAUUGUUUUUGAGGAUUUGUGUCUUGCUUCAGAACAUAUACAGAAUCAAAUUAGGCAAUUUUUUGAAAAUGGGCAACAUCGAAAUAUUUCAUGUAUAUUUGUAGCACAGAAAUAUCAUAAAAUCACUACAUUCAUGUAUGAAAAUGCAAAUUAUUUAGUACUUUUUAAUUCUGGUAGCUCAUAUAAAGAUGUCUUUAAAAUUAUUCAUCGAUAUACAAAUAAUGUAAAAAAUACAUUAAUAGUUAUUAACAGUUACUUAUGCAAAGGUAAAUUUAUUGUGUUUGAUUUAGAUAGGCCAGAAGAUAAUCCACUAGCAAUUCGUUUAAGGUUCAAUACUCUACUGAAUUUGUAG